AUGUAAAUUUUAGAGUAGAAUUAAACAGUUUACAAGCCUCCUUAGAAACCUUAAAGAAGUUAGAAUAUAUAAAAGUAUUUCUAAUUAAUGAAGUUCUCGUCAAAUCAUUUUGAGAUAAAAUUCUAGAAAAAUUUACAACUUCAUCUAUAUAGUAUAAUAUUUUCGAAAGAAAUACCUAAAGAAUAGCAAAAUGAAUUUAUAAUGCAUGUUUCUAGUUCAGCAUAAUUUAUAAGGAAAAAUGGAUUAAGUAGAUUUUGGAUUAGUGGUUAUAAUCUAUGGAGUUUUGAGUAUGUAGAAAAUUCUUUAGAAGUUCCAGGAUGUAAAUAAUUGUAGAAUAUAAACUUUAUUAUAAAGCAUGCAAAAACAUAUAAUCUUACAUAGAACUUAGAUUAAAUACCACGUGAAAGUUUAAAAUAAGCAAUGAAUGCAAUAUUAAGUUAGAUAUAUUAAGAAAGAAAUCUAAAGCAGAUUUUUAAGAAGGGUUAAUUUUUUGAUAAGGAUAAGAUUGAGAAACUUGGAGAUGUAUAGAUUUUACAAGGAUUUACAAGUGUUUUAUAGAUAGGUUAAACUUCUCCAUUAUUAUUGAUUGAUUUUAAAACAAAGAUUCUAAAUAAAUAGACAGUGUUAAAUUUUAUAAAGGAAAACAAGAAAUAAUAAAAUUAAAUAGAUUUAUAAAGUUUUUUUGAGAAUAAAACAUUUAUGACAAUAUAUUCUAAAAGAAUGUAUAGAAUAAAAUCGAUAGAUAUGAAAUAAAAUCCUACAUUUAAAAUGGAUGGAUCUAAUAUAACAUAUGAAUAAUAUUAUUAUGAGAGAUAUAAAAUAAAAUUGACUGAUUUAACCUAACCAUUAUUAAUACAUGAAGAUAAGAGAACUAAAUAAUAAAUAAGAUUGAUACCUGAAUUAUUAUAUAUGAUAGAAUUAACAACAGCAUAAAAAAAUAAUUUUAAAUUGAUGAGUUAAAUAAAAUAAUAAACAACAUUGGAACCAUUAGAUAGAAUAUCAAAGAUAGAAACUGAGAGAACUUUACUUGAUAAAUAUUUUAGUAGUCGUUCAAUAAGUUUAUCAAAUAAUUCAGCAACUCCAGCAUAUAAGGUUGUUAAACCAUCAAUAUUACCAGAAGCAAAUAUUAAAUAAACAGAUGGAGCAUGUUUUAAUAUAAGAGGUAAAUUAAUUGAAUAAUCUAAUAUUAAUAAUUGGAUAUUAUUAUAUUAUAAAGAAGAGUAAUAAAUAGCAAAUCUAUUUAUUUCAGAAUUUACUAAAGCUUCAAAGGAAUUAGGUAAUUAAAUUACACCUCCAAGAAAGAUAGAAAUGAAUAAUUUAGAUCCUGGAAUAUGGAUAUAAACAUUAACUAAUAAUUUUAAUACUAAUAAUAAACCUUAGAUAGUGGUAACCAUUCUAGAUAGACAUGAAGAUUCGAAACUUUAUUUUGAAUUAAAAAAGUUUUUAAUUUCAGGAUAGGGAGUUCUUCAUUAAAAUGUUGCUAUUUAAACAGUUUAAUCUAAGAAAUUUUCUAAAAUUGCUUUAUCAAUAGUAAAAUAGAUUCAUAGUAAAAUUGGAAGAUAAUUAUGGAAUAUAUAGAAAAUUACUGAAAUUUCCGAUAGAAUAAUGAUUGUAGGAAUUGAUGUUUAUCAUAAAACUUUAGCUAAUAAUUAAUCUUGUGUUGGAUUUAAUGCAUAAUUUAGUUAACAAAGUGAUAAACAUUUUACAAAAACUAUUAUUGUUAAUAAAGGAUAAGAAUUAAAUAAAGGAGUUGGAUAAUUAUUAAAUUUAAGUUUAUAAUAAUAUUAAAAGUUAAAUAAAUAUUAUCCUGAUACUAUAAUAAUAUUUAGAGAUGGUGUAGGUAAUUCAUAAAUUGAUGAUCUAAUUGAAAUUGAAUUAAAAGCAAUGAAAUCUGUUAUUUAAUAAACAUAUAACAUAAAAUAACCAUAAUUUGCAUACAUAUUGGUUAAUAAGAGAAUAAGUGAUAAAUUUUUCUCACCUAAUCAUGAAAGUAAUGGAAUGAUAUUUCCUGAAAGAAUUACAUCCAAAGAAUUUGACUUUUUUCUUAUUGCUUAAUAAGUUAAUUAAGGUACACCUAUACCUACUCAUUAUACAGUUAUUGAAAAUACAACUAAUUGGAAUGAAGAUACUUUCUGGAGAUUUACAUAUUUUUAAUGUUUCAAUUAUCGUAAUUGGUCAGGACCAGUUAAAAUACCUGCUUGUUUAUAAAAUGCUCAUACUGUUGCAUAUAGAGUAGGUGAAGUUAUCAAAAGUGAUGCUCAUUCAGCUUUAGAAACUUUAUUGUAUUUUUUAUGA